AUGACGUCUACUCCUGACGAAGCCUACAUUAAGCGUCUCGUUCCUCUUGAUUUUGGCUCAGCCAAGUCAGUUCCAGACUCUUUCGUGUGGCCUCAAGCAUCCGAUGAGGUCCACUCCGGUGACGGGUUAACCAUACCGGUUAUCGACCUCACGGAUCCGAAUGCCCCGCAACUCAUAACCGAGGCAUGUAAGACAUGGGGUAUUCUCCAAGUGAAAGGACAUGGAAUUCCAACUAAGCUUCUGGAGGACAUGGAGUCUGAGUGUGAAAGACUGUUUAGUCUCCCAACUGACCAGAAAAUGAAGGCCGUGAGAUCUCCAGGCAGGAUUACAGGAUAUGGUAUCGCCCAUAUCCAGUCCUUGUUUUCCACCACUAUGUGGCAUGAAGGGUUUACCAUCGUCGGGUCUGCAAUUGAUCAUGCUAGGCUGCUUUGGCCUAAUGAUUAUCAAGGUUUUUGUGACACAAUAGAUGAUUAUCAGAAGCAGAUGAAGGCCUUGGCAGAGCAACUGAUGCGCAUCCUCUUCAAAGCCUUGAGCAUUUCUGUAGAAGAACUCAAUUGGCUCGAUGAUCCAACUAACAGCAGUGGCUGCAGUCUGUCUUUACAGCUGAACUCUUACCCUCCAUGCCCCGAACCGUCCCGGACCUUAGGUCUAGCCCCCCACACAGACACCUCCAUUGUAACCAUACUCCAAGCUAAAACCAGCGGUCUCCAAGUCUUCAAAGACGGAGUUGGGUGGAUUCUGGUGGAACUGGAACCCGAUGCACUCUUCGUGAACCUUGGUGAUUUCAGUCGUAUUCUAUCCAAUGGUCAAUUCAUCAGUGUUCUGCAUCGUGUUGUGGUGAAACCGAUCCAACGCUACUCAAUGGCAUACUUCUUUAGGCCUCCGACGGAUUUUGUUGCGUCACCACUUUUGUCGAAGGAUUUGGGUCCGGGAGAAGUUCCUCGGUAUCGUUCAGUCACAGUAAAGGAGUAUCUUGAUCUCAAGGGGAAACAUCUUGAAAAUGCAUUAUCUUUCAUUGAAAAUUAA